AUGCAACUUUUCUGGACGCAACGCUUGAGUAGGCGGGUCGCCGCGACAAUCUUGAUACUAGGCAUUGUAUCUUCAGUCACCAGCUCUCAACUUCAGUACUGUCGUGUUGACGAAUCUUUGCGUACGGAUCAAUGCCUUGCGUUAUCAACGUUCCAUAAUUCAACCACCAACUCGAAUGACUUUUAUCUUGUCGUAUCCGCAAAAUUUGAAGAUCGAAAGGGCUAUGCCGCGUUUGGGACUGGCUUGACGAUGGACGGGUCAUUGAUGUUCGUGAUAUAUCCAGGAGCACAGGACAAAGAAGACGUCACCUUGAGUGUUCGGACGACCAAUUACCACUACCCACCUCAGCCAUCAGAUGACACGCCAGAACACCGAAUCAUCAAGACGUGGGUAGAGGGAGACUACCACAAUGCUCAAGUCGUUUGUUAUGGCUGCGACACAUGGCAUCGCAACAGCGCCAACGUGACGUCGAAGAAACAGAACUGGAUAUUCUCGAACCACUACGACUAUGUCAUGCAAACGAAUGACCUCAACAAACCAAUGAGUCUUCAUACCGAUUACAUUCCAGAUGUGUUUACCCUCGACAUGACAACAAGUCACCAUGUAGACGAGACACCCACUGCACCAGAACUAAUCGCCAAUGGUAGAAAAUCGAUAGGCGUGGAGAAAGAUAGCGCGUGGAAACCGAGCCAGCUGUUUGCUAUCCACGGUUUGCUCUUGGCAUGCGCAUUCGUGGUUAUGAUGCCAUUAGGUGUCGCUGGAAUUCGAAGCGGCCAUUCCAACGCAUUCAAGAUCCAUUGGAUCAUCCAGCUCUCCUCGGUGGCAACCGCUGCCUCAGGCAUGAUAUGGGGAAUAUAUCUGACUUGGGGACAUCCCAUUACCAUUACGACAUCACACGGUGCUCACAAGAUACUCGGCAUUACACUGCUGGUCGCGAUUGGUCUUACGCCAGUGCUUGGUUAUUUACAUCACGUGCGAUAUCUCAAACUUGGGCGCGCAACUGGAGUCACCGUCUGGCAUCGCCGAUUUGGUGCAUCAACUAUGUCCAGCGCUUGGGUAAACGUUCUUCUGGGUUUCUGGAUUGCAGGUCAAUCCGUGUGGUUCUUUAUUGCUAUGAUUGGAUUAAUGGGCUGUUCUACAUCUGCUAUCUACUUUGCCCCAGUCUGGGGUGCGAGUGUUACCAGAGCGGGUGGCACAAAGGGCGAAUAUACUGCCGUGGAAGAUGAAGAAGGUUCGGAACAAGGACUUUUGAGGAAAGAGAACCACACAUAACUGCAUGAUACGGUAAGAGCAGUAGAAUAUGUGCAUUAAAGGUGGUGUGCGUUUUUGCGAUUGUUGCUGGAUCAGAACAUCACCGCUAUA